AUGGCGAUUAAGGUGUCUAAGGCCGAGAAGAAAAUUGCAUACGACCAGAAGCUGUGCCAGCUUCUUGAUGAGUACACGCAGGUUCUGGUGGUGGCGGCCGACAAUGUGGGUUCCAACCAGCUGCAGAACAUCAGGAAGGGUCUUAGGGGUGAUUCUGUGGUGCUUAUGGGUAAGAACACCAUGAUGAAAAGGAGUGUAAGGAUUCACGCUGAGAAGACUGGAAACACGGCCAUUCUUAACCUUAUCCCCCUUCUAGUUGGAAAUGUUGGUUUGAUUUUCACCAAGAGUGACUUGAAGGAAGUUAGCGAGGAGGUUGCCAAGUACAAGGUUGGAGCACCUGCUCGUGUUGGUUUGGUGGCACCAGUUGAUGUUGUUGUGCCACCUGGAAAUACUGGUCUUGAUCCAUCGCAGACUUCCUUUUUCCAGGUUCUCAACAUUCCCACCAAGAUUAACAAAGGAACUGUUGAAAUUAUCACACCAGUUGAGCUUAUCAAGAAGGGUGACAAAGUGGGUUCAUCUGAAGCUGCUCUUCUUGCAAAACUUGGAAUCAGGCCAUUCUCUUACGGUCUAGUUGUCCUAUCCGUUUAUGACAAUGGAUCCGUUUUCAGCCCUGAAGUGCUCGAUCUGACUGAAGACGAUCUCAUUGAAAAGUUUGCCAUGGGUGUUUCCAUGGUUACUUCUCUAUCCCUUGCCAUCUCGUACCCGACCCUGGCAGCUGCACCACAUAUGUUCAUUAAUGCUUACAAGAACGUUUUGGCCGUUGCUGUUGAAACUGAUUACUCCUUCCCCCUGGCUGAUAAAGUUAAGGAGUAUCUUGAGGAUCCCAGCAAGUUUGCAGUUGCUGCUGUUCCGGCUACAGCUGCUGAUUCUGGUAGUGCACCGGCUCCAUCUGCCGAGGAGGAGAAGAAAGAGGAGCCGGCUGAGGAGUCUGAUGAUGACAUGGGUUUCAGUCUUUUUGAUUAA